AAAAAAAUAUGCGAGCACUCGUAGUCGUUGUGUUGGUAAGUGGAGCAAGUUGAGUAAAAAGAGGGCUGUCCGGAGAAAAGAUUCCAAAGUGCUGGCGCUGUGUUGCACUAUAAUCCAUCUUUCUCUCCCACCCAUUCGCGGAGACACGGAGCCGUUCUAUUACCCAAUACUUUUGGAACCCUCCAACCCACUGCCCUAUACUAAAACGGGAGUAAUACUUUAUUCCCCUUCCCACUCAACCUCAUCUCAUGUCCACUCAUUUUACUCAAAAGCCACUCAUUAUUCUUAACCUAACCAUAGUUUAGUUUCUUAAUCAUGGUUUACUUCCAUUUCCCUCAAUAAUUCUCCACUUUUCUCCACAUCCCAUGCCCCUUACCCCCCACGUUCCUUUCAUCUCUAUAUAUCUCUCUCCGUUUCCUUUUCUCCCAGGCUCCCUUCUACUUUCAACUCUCUUCAACAUUGCUCCAUUUCGCCGUUAAUAAAGCGUCAUAUUCAAGUUUUGUUUAUUUAAAAUAGAAGCUUUACGUUUUUUCCAUCAUGAGUUGCAACGGCUGUCGAAUUCUACGGAAAGGUUGCAAUGAGAAUUGCAUACUCCGACAAAGUUUACAGGGCAUUGAAAGCCCUCAUGCUCAAGCCAAUGCCACCGUCUUCGUUGCCAAAUUCUUCGGCCGUGCUGGCCUCAUGUCUUUCCUUUCCUCCGUUAACGAAUCUCAACGACCAGCUUUAUUUCAAUCGCUGUUGUUCGAAGCGUGCGGAAGGACGGUAAACCCGGUGCACGGAGCGGUAGGAUUACUGUGGACGGGUAACUGGCACGUGUGCCAGUCUGCUGUAGAAACAGUGCUUAAAGGAGGAGUGUUACGGCCGUUGCCGGAGUUUUCAGGUGUUACUGCUUCCUCGGAGUUUGAUUCAGAAGCAAAUGACGUUGAUCUGUUUAGAUCGCAAAGCUCCAACUUCCGAUCUAAGAGGAAAAUUAUAGAUGAGGUGGCGGAGGAUCUAGAUCUCGGACUUACGUCGGUAUUAUCGAUGAUGGAUGCCGGAGGAAAACUGAACCGGCGAACGGAGAAACGAAGAGCGGCGACGCCUUCACUGAAUUCAGAUGAAUCUGAUACUACAACUUUGGAAAGUGGUUUUGUGUACCAUCAAAAUCCACAACAAGGAAAUGAAACGAAGCUUCUUAGACUGUUCUUUUGAAGAUUGAUCCAACUUUUAGUGUGGCCUACUUACAUGUUACCGAUUAACUGAAGCUUCAGAGCGAAUUUUGCUUUUUUUGUUGUCAAAAAAUGUUACGCAUCCACUAGUAAGUUUUUUGGUAACUUAAGGAGGUAAUUAAAUUAAAAUGCUUCCAUGGCACUGGAUUUCUCCAUAAAUGAAGUUCUGAGGGAAAAAUGAGAGUUGCCUCUUUUUUGCUUGCUCUCUCCUUUUUUUUCUUUUAUUUUUGGUUCUUUCUUUUUUCUACUUUUUGUUCUAAUAAUAA